AUUAUGGCAAUACUGCAUUACCAUGGCUCUUCUAUUUCUCUAGUAAACAAAUCAUGGCUGUUGACGAAAACGAACGAUAUAUUUAAUCUGAAUGCUGCUAAGGAUCACCUUAAGUUGAGGGUGUGUUCCGGAAAAGAGAAUUGAAAUACAGUGAUGGCCAUAGCUGGACCUCCGGGACUAGAGUUUGACCACAACUGGCCUGAGUCGGCAGAGUGUCUGACUUUGGAUUUUGGCCCUUUUGAAACUGUUCAUCGCUGGAAAUGCAUGCCAGAGUGUGAUGAAUUUGUUGGUGCCAGGAGGAGCAAACACACAGUAGUGGCCUUCAAGGAUGCUAUAUAUGUCUUUGGAGGGGAUAACGGGAAGUGGAUGUUAAAUGAUCUCCUACGCUUUGAUGUUAAGGAGAAAUCCUGGGGUCGAGCUUUUUCCACUGGCACUCCUCCAGCCCCUCGGUACCACCACUCGGCUGUGGUUUAUGAAUCUUCUAUGUUCGUAUUUGGGGGCUUCACAGGGGACAUUCAUAGCAACAGCAACUUGAAAAAUCAGAAUGACCUGUUUGAAUAUCGUUUCCAAACAGGACAAUGGACUGAGUGGAAAUUUACAGGAAGAGCUCCAGUACCUCGGUCUGCACAUGGUGCUGCUGUGUAUGAAGGGAAGCUUUGGAUAUUUGCUGGGUAUGAUGGAAAUUUCAGGCUGAAUGAUAUGUGGACCAUACCACUUGUGGGCGAAACAAAAGCAUGGGAAGAAAUCACUCAGACUGGUGACUGCCCUCCAACAUGCUGUAACUUUCCUGUUGCUGUGGCAAGAGAUUCCAUGUAUGUCUUCAGUGGUCAGAGUGGCGCCAAGAUAACAAAUUCCCUGUUUUACUUUGCCUUCAAAGAUAGAUGUUGGACCCGUAUUUCAACAGAGCACAUUUUACGUGGUGCCCCUCCACCACCAACGCGGCGAUAUGGCCACACAAUGGUAGCCUUUGAUCGUCAUUUAUAUGUAUUUGGUGGUGCUGCUGAUUCUACUCUUCCAAAUGACUUACACUGCUUUGAUCUGGACAACCAGACCUGGUCUGUAGUAACCCCAGCACUGGACUCUCAGAUUCCCAGUGGGCGUCUUUUUCAUGCUGCAGCUGUUGUUGCAGAUGCCAUGUACGUGUUUGGUGGCACUGUAGAUAAUAACGUACGGAGUGGCGAGAUGUAUCGGUUUCAAUUCUCAUCAUACCCAAAGUGUACCCUCCAUGAUGAUUUUGGAAAGCUCCUCGAGAGUCAACAGUUCACUGAUGUUGAUUUUAUUGUGGGGUCGGAGGAGCAGAGAAUUUCUGGCCACAUUGUGUUUGUUGCUGCUCGUUCCCAGUACCUCAGAAAUCGAAUACGUCAAGCCAUGGAGGCUAGAGAAAAGCAUUUAGAAAAGCUCUUUGGAACAGCACCCAUUCCACCACAAGAAAUCCCUCCAUUGGAGGUCAAGCUUCCAGAUGCUGUCCCUGAAGCCUUUGAAAUGGUGCUCAAUUAUAUAUACACAGAUCGCAUAGAUCCAUACCAUUGCAAGAAGGAUCAGAGCCCCAACAAAGUGGUACUCAUCAUGAUGGAUGUGUAUCGCUUGGCUGUCCAGUAUCACAUGCAGCGUCUAGAAUUAGUAUGUAUCCAGUAUUUAGAAGCAACUAUCAACCAUCGCAAUGUAUUGGUGGCUCUCUGCAAUGCUGCUAACUUGAAACUGUAUUUCAUCAAAGAAUUCUGUCUCAAGUUCAUUGUGAGGGAGAGUAAUUACAAUCAGAUCGUCAUGUCUAAAGAGUUUGAAAUGCUUGAUAAGUUGCUCAUGGUUGAAAUCAUCCGGCGAAAGCAGCUGCCUCAAAUAAGAUCCCUGCAAGAACCUCAGUUUGAAUCAUCAGGAACAACUCUUGAGAAUGAUAUGGCUCAGUUACUGAAAAAUGUGGGUCAAGAUUUUUGCGACAUAACGCUGAUGUUGGACGGAGCACCUAUCAGAGCGCACAAAGCUGUCCUUGCAGCAAGAUGUUCCUACUUUGAGGCUAUGUUCCGAUCUUUCAUGCCAGAAAAUAGUAUUGUUCAGAUUGCUAUUGGAGAAAUUAUUCCUUCACCUCAGUCCUUUGACUCCUUGCUAAGAUAUAUAUAUUAUGGUGAUGUUGAUAUGCCACCAGAAGACUCCCUCUACUUGUUUUCUGCCCCUUAUUUUUACGGGUUUACAAAUAACAGACUCCAGGCUUUUUGCAAGCAGAAUCUGGAGAUGAAUGUAACAUUUGAAAAUGUCAUUCAGAUCUUAGAAGCCGCUGACCGCAUUCAAGCAUCAGACAUGAAGAAAUACGCUUUGAACCUUAUUGUUCAUCACUUUCCAAAGGUUGCACAGUUGCCAAAGUUGCGCUGCCUGAGCCGUGAUCUCCUCUUGGACAUCCUGGAGGCACUUGCAGAAGACAUGUCUGACUCUAAACUUUGCCAUGACAUGAGUUCGAUUUCACUUAGCACCACUGACUCGGGAUGAACCCUAAUUAAGCUGGGUGGUCUGGUGAAUACCUUACCUGAGACAUAAAGGUUCUCAAGAUUUUUACAUAUACAGUAUUUGUCAUUGUUAAGCAGGGAGUAACAGCUUGAGUGAUUUUGAUCACUGCUGUGACUAAGGCUUAUAUGCUUUUGAUUGGUUGUAAGGUGUAUAAAGUGGAAGUGUCAAUUGUUUUGUGUAUUACAUUUGUUGACAUAAUAUAUUAAGCUUAAGCUAUAGAGAAGCUUAGAGGGCAUAUGACAAGAAGAGUGACAAAUCUUGCCAAAUUUGUCUGGCAGAGAACAUCAAAUUUUAAAGAUGAUAUGAAUUCAAACUUUAUAGACUGUUGCUUUGCUGUUAUGCAUAGAAUGACUGAAAAAGCCAUGUUGCAUGAAAAUGACUUGGAUGUAUCAUAUUUUAAAACUAAAACGAAACAGAUGUUCAGCUGUAUGAUAAUAAGCGUUUCAUCUCUCAGUUAUUGCAUACGCAUAAUCACUAUUACAGUAUCUGGUUAGUACAUAAAUCAUUAGUACUAGGGGAUUCUUUAUUUGAGGGACCACUGAGAGUGGGAAGUGAGUAUGAGCAAUAGUUUUAGCUGGAAAACAGACAAAGCAAAUGACAACUAGGAAGAUAGACUUACAUAUUUUUACUUUAUGUAGCCAUGGUUUGAAUAAUGAAUCCUAAGUAAGGGUAUAGAGUUCUUACUUGGGGUUAUGCUAAAUUACAGCAAAAAAUAUUAAACUAUCCAUAAGUGACUGAUGUUAGGUGAGAAAAUGGAAUUACUUUUGAGAGUGGAUUUGGGUAUUAUUAUUUACUCAGUAAUUUGUGAAGUGAGGUUGCCAACAAAUGUAAAUUAGUAAGGACUUUAAUUUUUACGAAUUAUUUCUAGUCUUUGAGGGCAUUUUUCAUGGGAGGCAGAAUAUUUUAAUUUGUCAGGUUUGGGCAAAAGGUUCUCAAUACCAGAGCACCGUGCUCACACUUAAUUCAUUAGUUGUGAAGGGUUUCGAUUGUGUCAUAUGUCUUAAGACUUAUUUAUUUAUUUUUUUUUUUAAUCCUUGCAACUUUCUCUUUGACUGAAUCUUAAAACUUGAGUUGGCCAGUUGUGCUAAUAUGCAGAUGCAGAUGUAAACUAUGUAUAUGUACUAUAGUAAUAGUUUACUCAGUCUUUUAAUUAAAAUCUAAAAGUAAGUGUCAGCAGUGUAAUUGGUAUGGAUGGCUGAAUUAUUUAUUGUCAAAUUAUGCAAAAUUUGAGAUUGGAAGAAUGUUUCCAAAGUUGUCGAAUUCUGGAAGGACCCAUGAAAACAAACAAUUACGUACAUACCUUGUUUUUGACUGUACACUUUUAACAGGUUUAGCAUUCUUUUUGUUACAUGUACUGUCAUAUUGGCUAUGACUUGGUAAUUUACAUCAUCUAAAAUUA